UUGUAUUGUGGAAGGCUAUGAAUAUUAACUCCUCUUAAUCGUCUAUCCAUAACAGCAAAACUUAUGGUAGUUGCACUGGCCCUUGCGCUGUGCGUCGUGCUUGUGAGUGCUUCUGGCGAUGAGUGUCCACUCGCGUCCAAAGUUGGCUCCUGCUCACCGACCUGCCUGACCGAUCGGGACUGUGCCGACAUCGGUGGCAAGUGUUGCUCCAACGCCUGCAAUCGCAAAUCCUGCGUCGAGCGAAGCAAACUGAAGCAGGGCAGCAACAAGUAUGGUUCCAACUCCGGUUCGGGCUCGUACUGUGGCAGCACCAAGUGCAACUCGUUCGAGAAGUGUGGCGUCGAUCCAUCCUCCAAGAAGCCGAAGUGUGUCCGUGCGUAAUGGAAGCGAGAAGCUCGAGGUCGGGAGUGAAAUGAUUAGCUUAUAACAAACAAAAUUGUUCUUAAAUAAACUAUUAAAUUUUGAAGGCA